GCCGCCGCCCUGCCCCGCUGCCGCCGCCGGCCGCGCGUCACCAUGCUGCUCCCGCAGCUCUGCUGGCUGCCCCUGCUGGCCGGGCUGCUGCCGCCGGCGCCCGCGCAGAAGUUCUCGGCGCUCACGUUCCUGCGAGUCGAUCAAGAUAAAGACAAGGACUGCGCCCUGGACUGCGGGGGCUCCUUGCAGAAGCCCCUGUGCGCGUCGGACGGCAGGACCUUCCUGUCCCGCUGCGAGUUCCAGCGCGCCAAGUGCAGAGACCCUCAGCUGGAGAUCGCGCACCGAGGAAGCUGCAGAGACGUGUCCAGGUGCGUGGCCGAGAGGAAGUACACCCAGGAGCAGGCCCGCAAGGAGCUGCAGCAGGUGUUCAUCCCGGAGUGUGACGAGGACGGCGCCUACAGCCAGGUGCAGUGUCACAGCUACACCGGAUACUGCUGGUGCGUCACGCCCAACGGGAGGCCUGUCAGCGGCACGGCCGUGGCCCACAAGACGCCCAGGUGCCCGGGUUCCAUAAAUGAAAAAGUGCCCCAACGGGAAGGCACAGGAAAGACAGUCUCCUUGCAAAUCUUUUCCGUUCUGAAUUCAGAUGAUGCCACAGCUCCAGCGCUGGAGACUCAACCCCAAGGAGAUGAGGAAGAUAUCGCAUCACGUUACCCCACGCUUUGGACUGAGCAAGUUAAAAGUCGGCAGAACAAAACCAAUAAGAAUGCAGUGUCCUCGUGUGACCAGGAGCAGCAGUCAGCUCUGGAGGAGGCCAGGCGGCCCGAGAGCGACAAUGUGGUGAUCCCCGAGUGCGCCCAUGGCGGCCUCUACAAGCCGGUGCAGUGCCACCCCUCAACUGGCUACUGCUGGUGUGUCCUGGUGGACACCGGACGCCCCAUCCCCGGAACGUCUACCAGGUACGAACAGCCAAAAUGCGACAACACGGCCCGGGCUCACCCCGCCAGAACGAGGGAUUUGUACAAAGGCCGCCAGCUCCAAGGUUGUCCUGGUGCCAAAAAGAAUGAGUUCCUGACGAGCAUUUUGGACGCGCUGUCCACCGACAUGGUCCACGCGGUCUCCGACCCCUCCUCCUCCGGCAGGCUUUCCGAGCCCGACCCCAGCCACACGCUGGAGGAGCGAGUGGUCCACUGGUACUUCAAGCUACUGGACAAAAACUCCAGCGGGGACAUCGGCAAGAAGGAGAUGAAGCCCUUCAAGAGGUUCCUUCGGAAAAAGUCAAAACCCAAAAAAUGUGUGAAGAAGUUUGUCGAGUAUUGCGACGUGAACAAUGACAAAUCCAUCUCCGUGCAGGAGCUGAUGGGCUGUCUGGGGGUGACGAAAGCAGAAGCCCCUAGAGCCAACGCGGAAGGCGCCGCCAACAGACAGCCGAGGAAGCAAGGGUAGCGGCUCACCAGCCAAGGCCGUCCGGGACCUGUGGGAGACUCCCUCACCAAAAGGCAAUUAAAAAACAAAACAAAAACAAAAACACAUAGUAUUUGCACUUUGUACUUUAACUGUAAAUUCACUUUGUAGAAAUGAGAUAUUUAAACAGACUGCUUUAAUCUGUGAAACGGAAGAGCUGGCUUCAGAAAACUAAUCACGUACAAUGUAUGUGUCCUCUCUUGACCUUGGAAAUCUGUACUUGGCGGAGAUGUGUUUGGAAUGGCUUUCAGCUUGAUUUCUUUAUCCUACACAUGUCGACAUGGUAGAAGUCUUGGCCUCAGGCACCACGGUCCCAAACCCGUGCCUUUCUCCCCGCCGGGGCUACCCUCCCAGCGACCCCGCGGUCGCUUCCUUUGAGACCCGCAGUGCCGCAGGAAGCUUCCUUAGAAGUGUGCGACGCGCUGCUGUCCCCACGCUGCGGCCAACACGGCCAUGGCCUUGUUUGUUUCUUGGGAUUUUGUGUUUGUUUUCUCUUGCUGUCCGGAGAUCCUAUUCCCCCACGAGUCCCGCAACCACUAAGCCAUCUUUUCUGGGAGGAAAGGCUUUUUCCCACCUAUCUUGAUGAGCUGCUUUUCCUUUCCAAGCUUCUGUUGGAGCUUUGCCUUGGGCUCGGGUUAAUCACGCCCUAAAGUACUCGAGAAUAACACCCCCCACCCCGCGCUGUCCAGACCAGACGCUGUGUAAACAGGCCCGCGGUCAGAGGACUGGACUGAGUCCUUGCCUGGCCGCCCUGGGCUCAUCUGUCCCGCUGCCUCUCCUACACGGGACCAUGACCCGUCCUACCCUGCUCCACUCUGGGGCCUCCUGCAGGGUCAGAUGAUCACCUGAACAAAGUCAGAGUAUCUUCUGCAGGGAGGGCUCCUCCUGCAAAAGCUGGGGGCCGGACGCUGGUCUUGGCCGCCGAGGACGAGCGCCUGCGGGUCCCGGGCUCCCUUCUCUCCCGGUGGCCUCGGGAAUUCCGCGAGCGCCACUUGUGAGAGCAGGGUCAGGAGCCGAAGGUCCACACCGUGACGGCGGGACUGGCCUGCAGGCACCACCAGCCGCCCCCAGCAAGCGGCCCCGGCGCGACAGAGCCAUUGGGAGGACGGUCCGAGGCUGUGCGGGCCAAAUUGUGAUGCUAUUUUAGCUCCAACUUUUGGUCGGAAAAAUAACCUCCGUGGCCCCAAAUUCCACAACACGCGUCAUAUAAAAUGAUCUCGGCACGAAGCUAUUUUCUGAGGCUCCUUACUUAUUUAAGCGGUAAAAAAGUAAAACCCGAAACUUUGGAGUCACAAAACCAGCUUAAGUGUGUGUCAUCGUUGUUCAAGGAACAGUUACGACCCCAAAUUUAUUGGAUAAUCCUUUACAUUUCUGAACUUUGAAUUUAAUCAGUUUUCUUAGAUUCAAAUAAAAUAUGCUAUGAAAA